AUGGGAAAAAAUCAAGAGGAGUAUUGUAGAUACCAUCAGACUCGGGAACAUUCCACAGAUCAUUGUAGAGAAUUGAAGAAUCAGAUCGAAAUGCUCAUUCGAGAGGGGCACCUACAAAGAUAUGUGAGAAAUGAAAGAGAAGAAGGCCGGGAACCCCGACAAAGGGAAGACAAGUGUGAUGGGCAUGAAAGACAAAACCCAAGGCAGCAAGAGAGAGGAAGAGAUCGUAGGCAAGAUCCUCAUUUAGACAAUGAGCCAACUCAACAAGCCAUUCACGUUAUUUCAAGAAGGGAAACCCUAGGUGGGGACACAUCAGCCUCCCGAAAGACAUAUGCCCGUCAAGCCUACCAAGUUAAUUCAGUGAUGGAAGUUAGAGAUGAUGAAGAGCCAAUUACAUUUGUUCCUGCCGAUCGAGGUGAUAUAAUACUUCCGCAUGAUGAUCCAAUGGUUAUUUCAGCAGUCGUGGCCAAACACCCCAUCAGUAGAAUUCUGGUAGACAAUGGCAAUUAUGUCAAUUUGAUUUACCGGAAUUGUUUUGAGCAGAUGCAUUUAUCUCCUGAUCGAUUAAGAAAAGUGUCCUUACCCCUGUACAGCUUCACUGGGGAAGCAGUCCCAGUUAUAGGAUCUAUUCAGUUACCCAUCAUGUUGGGUGCGGACCCCCAAAUCGUGACUCGACAAGCGAAUUUUAUGGUGGUUAAAACCUCCUCGGUGGCAUACAACAUGAUUUUGGGCCGCCCACUACUCAAUGAUCUGAGGGCCAUGGUGUCCUCAUGCUACUUAUUGAUGAACUUCCCUACGCCCACCAAAGUUGGACAGGUUCGAGGAGACCAAAAGAAGGCACGAACCUGUUAUAUGUCAUCUACAAAAGGAAAGAGAACUGAGGAAACCUUAUCUAUUGCAGAGAAGGCUAUACAUAAAUCCUUAGAAGAAAGAGUCACUCGCAAACCUUAA